GGAGGUCUGCUUUAAAGAGAAAUAUCUAGCACUGACUCGUUUUUUUCUUCACAUACAGUAUUACUUUUGAACUGCCGCGGUUUGAUAUUGUAGCUUAAUCCAUAGCUAACAUUAACACAGACUCUCAAGAGUUGUUUGCUUGGUUGGCUUAAUCUACGAGAACAGUAAGCAGAUUGUGUUAUGGGUAUGAGCCAUUGCACCAUCCCUGAGCGUCGGCAGAAGCCUGAGAAGGACGCAAGGGUGUGCACUGUGUUCUAAGAACGAGCGAGUGGAUAUCCAGACAUCGGAGAACGACAAGCAACGACGUGAAUUAUGUCUUUCUAUAACCGAGAACUAGUGGUAUUUUUUAUUAAAUAUAAACUCUCGCAGAGGAACUACCCCUGCAACCACAUUGGGCUUACAGAAGACACAAAUCGGACUGAUGGGGCCGAAGAGAAUGGUGAGGGGGCGGCAGGAACGACGACCCUCGUUAACGGCUCCAUGAACAGAACCCCACCGCAAUCCCCCGCUACAUCCCCACAGCAUCAGACAAACGGGAGUGGGGGUCUGGACGCGGUGAAGGAAGCACUACGCGAUUCUGCCAACGAGUUUGAGCUGCGUUAUUCCCGAGCGUUCAACGACCUCUCCUCACAGCUCCACAUCACACCUGCCACGGCAUACCAGAGCUUUGAGAGCGUGAUGGAUGAGGUGUUCCGCGACGGCGUCAACUGGGGCCGCAUCGUGGGACUGUUUGCCUUCGGAGGGGCUCUGUGCGUCGAGUGUGUGGAGAAGGAGAUGAGCCCGUUAGUGGGACGCAUUGCAGAAUGGAUGACCGUCUACCUGGACAACCACAUUCAGCCCUGGAUCCAGAGCCAAGGAGGAUGGGAGCGAUUCGCAGAGAUCUUUGGAAAAGAUGCAGCGGCAGAGAGCAGAAAAUCACAAGAAAACUUCAAGAAGUGGUUGCUGGCGGGAAUGACCUUGCUCACGGGUGUCGUGGUCGGAUCACUCAUUGCACAGAAACGCCUGUGAGGAUCAGAAAAACUGAAGAUCCAAACACACCUACUGCUUCGUUUAGACACCCAGCUACAAUGAAGGAACUUCAAAAAUACUUGUUUUGGAUUUAUUUGUUUCCCUUUUAUUGCCAAGAAAUUCCAUGUUUACAUCCCACGUCCCACUGUGUACUGUUGACUGAGUGGAGCGCAUCUGUGAUGUUAUGUCACAUGACCCAGACUGCAUGAGGGUGCUUUGGUUUUAGCUAACUCAGACAAUGCAAAGCCACGUCUCCUUACACCCUGUUUAAGGAAAUAAGAAAAAUGAUGAAAACAGUCGAAGAAAAAAGUUUAAAAUCUAUCUUUAUGUCUGUAAUUUUUUUUUUUUUUUUUUUUUUUUUUUUUAAUUUUCAGCUUUAUCUUCAAUCUUUUUUAAGUAUCCUUAUUAUUCUCUCAUUUUCAAAGAGACUGGCAAAACUGACAAGGAUACAAACAUUUUAUCUUUAAAUCUAAUUUAAGCUCAUGUGUAAUUUUUGAGUUGACCGAAUGAUAGAGAAGUUUAAUCUGAACUGAAUUUGAAGUAUUCAGUCAAUAAAUCAGCACUGACAUUUCUGAGGAACGUUGUUGCUGUCUGGAGAGCAGAGAGGCAUCUAAUGGGCCCAGCACUACACUUGAGCGCCUGCUUCCUCUGUGAUCUCUCUACCAUUAUAGAAAAAUGUGGAGAACAGAUAAAACAUGUCUGUGUGAGUGUGUUUUUAUGUUGUUGUUUUUUCCCAUUAUUGUUCUGUUCCUUUUCACAUGCAAAUUUGAUGAGCGUUAAAUGUAAAUCUAAAUUGUCUGAAGGACCAACAGUUAUGAAACGGCCAACAGUUUGAGAGAAAGUUCUGUAUGUUUGGUGCCGUUUGAUUUAUUAAACCUAAGUUUCAGCUUCAGAUGUGGUAUCACAUUUAACUCUUUAUACCUUUUGAGAUUGAUGUAACUAGAGCUAGAGGACACAAGGAUACACAAGGAGACUCCUUUUGUAUCUGUGACUACACUUAACUGUGUUUUAUACACAGAAAAUGUAACACAUUAAGCUGAAAGUAAUUAGAUUAAACCAUAUUGCCACAAGA